AUGGGGGUCCUCCUCGGGGCGGAAAGUGGCUCGCCCUCCAAGCUCCUGGCAGUCUUCGUCGUCUUGAGCAUUUGCUUCUUGUCAACUGAAGCCUACUUGAAGCUGACAAAUAUUGAAAUGAAGCCACCAAAGCCAAAGGAAGGAGGAAGCGUCCUCCUCACCCCAGUCACCCGCCCUUCCUUCCCAGUGAGCUGCCGCUGGUACCGAAGGGAAAUGUCCGAGAAUGACACCAUCCUGACUUAUUUCUUCUAUCCAAACCAUGUGAUUCAGAAGGACCCACGCUUCUCUGGCCAUGAGAUCAUGAAGCCGGACUGCUCCCUUGAGAUCCGAAACGUACAAGUCAGCCACUCUGACGAGUAUAUGAUCCUGAUACAUGGCCGUGGGGAAAUUCGGACAGGGAGCGUAAAGCUUGUGAUCCCGGGCCGGGGAUUCUCAAAGGCGGCCAUUGCUGGUGCUGUCCUUGGGAGCCUGGGUGCCAUAGUGAUCCUGAGCGUGCUGCUUUUCACAAUUUACCGUGAGUAA